UAUAUAUAUAUACACACACACAACAUAAACCGUGUGCAAUUUAUAAACACCUUUCUUUCUGCUAUUUUAUAAAGUUUUUGUGUCCGUGUCUUCCAUUCCACCCAUCUCCACCGCUCUCACUUCUCUCUCUCUCUCUCUUUCUUUAAUUCUUUCCUUCUUCCUAUGAAACUAAACCUGAAACCAGAAAAAUGACCACGGCACCUAAACCUGCACCAACCAUUAAUAUUGCUUCAUCGCAGCCAAUCAAUCCUGAAUGUUGUAUGUGUGGAGAUUUUGGCCUUUCUUAUGAGCUUUUCCAGUGCAAGAUUUGCCAUUUCAGAUCUCAGCACAGAUACUGUAGCAAUCUUUAUCCGAAAGCGGAGUCUUAUCAAGUCUGCAAUUGGUGUUUAGGCAAUGAAGGGAAAGAAAAAUCGCAAAAUUCUUCGAAUUCAUCAUCGUCAAAUAAGAACAGCAGCGAAGAUGAUAGCAGCAAGAGUAUAAAAAAAGGCGUAAAGAACCAGAGAGGAAGUUUACAGUUGGAAGUAAUUAAUAGCCCGAUCAAGAAACAAAGAUCGCCGGAAAGAUCGCCGGUGACGACCAGAAGAAGACUUAUCACUUAUGGUAAAUUAGAAGAGAAGAAGCUAAUUAGAAGAACAAAAUCAGAAGAAAUAUCCAAUAAUAAUAAUAAUAGUAAUAGUAAUGGAAUCACCAUUACGCAAGUAUUUAGAAACAGAGUUAGAAGGUAUAAGCUUCUUGAUGAAGUUUCAAGCUGAUAAUUAAUCAAUCUCCAUUAAUUAUCACUCUUUUCUUUUCUUUUCUUUUCUUUUCUGGUGGAAAUUUUGGUCCGUAGAAAUUGCGGUUGAUGAGGAUUUGGUCAUUUUCCCUGUAUAUUUUCCAGUAUAUGAUAAUGUUCAAAUCGACCAAUCCAGUUCAAGAAAAAGAAUCAGAAUAAUUAUCACCAUUAAAACGUUUUAUAGAUGGCUUCUUUUUUUUUGUAGCCAA